AUGUUGAAUCAUGAUAUCUGUUGUGAUUUCGUGGGGAACUUGGUUUCAAGUCCUUGUAUAUAUUACGCGUUUACCGCCAGACUACCGGUUUUGCAAAGGAAGUGUCUACAACAACACAAGCUCAGAAAUUUGUUUAAUCGAAUCUUUCGUUUUCUUGUUACUACCGAUUCAACAUGCCAGUCAAAGUACACGUUGUCUAUUGUGGUGCCUGAGGGUACAAGUCCAAGUAUAAUCGGCUGGCAAAUGAUCUGGCUGAUGAAUUUGGAAGCGAUGUGGAGUGUAGCGGAGAAGGGACGCCUGGAGUCACAGGAUAUUUUGAGGUUUCAGUUGAUGGAAAACUUGUCCAUUCCAAGAAGAAUGGAGAUGGUUAUGUUGACAGUGAAGCAAAAAUGAAGAAGAUUGUUGAUAGUAUUGCUGCAGCCAUUGGUUCCAAGUGAUGCUACAUUCCU